GUCACUACAAGAACAACCAAUUAAGGCCUCUUCAAAAGCCCUUAAAAUUUCAUCCCUCACUAUUUAGUCUUUUCCAAUUUAUCACUUCUCUAGUUAUAAUAUCUCCAACAGUUGCAAAAUAGAAAAGAAAAAAAAUUAGAAGCAUGGUUAAUCCAUCCAUCAAUUCCCAUAAUUUUCCUCUAAAAUUCCUUUGUAGCUAUGGUGGCUACAUUAUCCCCCGUCAAACCGAUGGCAAACUCCGUUAUUAUGGUGGUGAAACCCGUGUCCACUCCAUCGAUCGUUCCAUUUCCUUCUCAGAGCUAUUAGUGAAGCUAGGGGAGAUGUAUGGAUCAACAGUGAGUUUAAGAUGUCAAUUGCCAAAUGAAGAUCUAGAUGCUCUUAUAUCCAUAACAUCUGAUGAAGAUUUGGCGAAUCUUAUUGAAGAAUAUGAUCGUGCUUCAACACCAUCAUCAUCUCUCAAGAUCAGGGCUUUCUUAUUUCCACCUAAAUCCACAAAAAAAGUUGUCUCUCCUCCACCUUCCAUUGAUUCAACCUCAUCCACCAACAGUACCACUAUUAGCAACCCCGAUGCCACGUCAUCACCAAGUUCAUUUUGUUCCACAGUUGCUAGCCCUCCUUCGAUGAUGAGGCAUCAUGAUUCUUCAAGACCAUAUAAGAAAGUAACACGCAAUUCUUUAGAUGAAACACUUAACGGACGCAUCCGUCAUAUUGUAAGGACAAGAUCGUCACCCGUGAUGUUUCCUAUUUGUCAUGAGAAAGUUGCAGCGAAGAUUCCCCAAUAUGCUUAUCAAAGUCAUGGGAAUAAUAGUAGCCAUAUUUAUUUGAUUUGAUUCACCAUGGCAACCAUUGGCAAUAGCAGCUGCUAUUUUCCGUGGACAAGGGCAAUUCUUGGAACAUAUAUACUUUUAUUAUAUAAAGAAAAGAAAACCCCAUCAAGAAAAAAAGGAAAAAAAAAAGAGAAGAGGAUGAGGAAUAUAUAUUUUGAUGUAAUUAAGAAGAGAAGAGUGUAUAUCAAUAACAAGAUUGGUAGUUUUUGUGUCAUA